CUCAGCUGCAGGAUUUGGUUCUUCCAUCCAGAUGAUGCGGACCAGCAGCAAAGGCCGCAGUGCUUCCCCGCACCGGAUAACCUACAAGUCAGACUUUCACGACAUUAAAUGCUCUUUUGACACUGGCGCCAUACAAGGGACCAAGGCAGCUCGCCAGGGCUCUGCUGUAACCCCGACUGGGUUGACCUCCAGCCUGUCUGACGCCGAUAUGUCCCACUGCACCACCGCCGCCGCCAGCACCAGCGACGCUGGAGGCAGAGGCCGGGCCCACAGCGCCAGGGGGGCCAAGAUCCGAGACAACAUCUUCCUUCAGAUGGACAACCGGCAGCUACGACAGGACGGAGGACCGCCACAACAGAGCUGCAGCUCCAUGCAACUCCCGUCCCCGGUACCGCCUCGCACACAGCUCCAACCUUCGCCUCUCCCCUCACCCAGAUGCUCCCCCCUCACUUCCUCGUCUGUUCUGAGUGCCGUCGCCAGCCUUUCCACCAUGGAGUCCUCUUCGUCGGAUAAACCGUCCAGAUCGGAGGAGAUGGCGGAGAUAGACAGAGCCGCUCUGGCUCAGAAGUUCACCGUGACACGGCGACUGUUCGAGACCAAGAUGAUGGAGGUCAGCGGAGGGCAAGGUUCAAAGGUCAUUGCCGUCCGGGGAAAUAAGGCGGCGGUGGACGGGAGAGAGGAAGCAGAGGACGGGAACGGUGGCACCGACCCUUUAGAAAGAGAAGGGGAGCGAAGAAGAAGGAGGCAGGGAGAGGAGGGAAAUGGGGAUGAGGUGGACUAUUCAAGCCACCCUGUGCUGAAUGUUUCUUCUCCUAAAAAAGAACAAACACCCGUGUCAGGGCAAAAGAAAUCCCCUCCGUCAACAAAACAUGGCCUGUUUCAACCUCCAUCACCUACUCCGAGUACUGAGCCCAUGUUAUCGAACGCAGAAGACCACGUAUCUGCCCCCAGCUCGCCCUCUCACCUUGAUGAGUCCGCUCGGAGCGCAACAUCUCAAGUAGAUGGAGAAACGGAGGUGGAAGGCGAGGCGGAAAGAAGAAAACAUCCCACUCCCCGCUGCUCGACCCGCGGUGACCUCUCGACCCUGGACGAGGAUCCGGUGAGGGCAGAACUCGUGCACGUGAAAAACGAGUCAUCGGAGAGUGACGAGAACGAGGAGGAACAGGAGGUGACAGACAGCCCAAACGGACGAAUGGAUGACGGGGAAGAAGACACAGAAGUGACAGCAGAAGAGAAAGUGGAGGAGGAGGAGACGGUGGACGAGGAGGCGCUGGUGGAUGACGUAUUUGAAGAACCCAGUGCACGGGUCACAUCGAUGGGUGUUGAAGUACUGGUCGAGGAACCGGCUGCUGGCAGCAGUGGCGCCUCAGCGCAGAUGGAUGAAGACGAGCUCAUGAAAAGAGACAAGUACCAACAGGUGGAGCACAAGGAAGGAAGGAGGGAGGAGCAGCUGGAGGAGGAGGAGGGGGCCGAGAGGUUCGCAACAGAGGGCAAAACUGGGGACAGAAUCGCCGAGGAAAUCACUGAAAAGGAGGAGAGCGGGAACAUGCAAGUCGAGCCGGAGGAUGAAGAGGACAAGCAUCACGGAGGAACUGAAAGAGAAGUUAAGGUCAAAGGUCAAGGCUACGCCGAAUAUGGAGGAGAGGAUGAAAUGGGAACUGCAGUCUACUGUGGGACUGAGAACAAAGCCUUCACAGAUGACCAACACAGAGAAUGUGGGUCUCACCCUGAGGACUCAAAACCCCGAAGACAGGACCAGGAAAGUGGUCCAGAUGACGGAGAACUGCUGACGUCGGAAUACGUAGAGAUUCCCGGCGUCGCUGAGCCGUCCGAUCAGGAUGAAGGCGAAACAGAACCUGGGAAAAGAAAAAUCAAGUUCUCCACAGCGCCCAUCAAGGUGUACGCUACCUACUCCAACGACGACUACGACAGAAGCAACGGCGACAUCGACCCGGUGUCUGCUUCAGCCGAGUAUGAGCUGGAGAAGAGAGUGGACAGGAUGGACGUCUUCCCUGUGGCGAUCAAGAAGGGAGAGGAGGGUCUGGGGAUCAGCAUAAUAGGGAUGGGUGUGGGAGCGGAUCAGGGACUGGAGAAACUGGGAAUCUUCGUCAAAACCAUCACGGAGGGGGGAGCCACGCAGGAGGACGGACGGAUUCGGGUGAAUGACCAACUAGUCGAGGUAGAUGGAGUCAGUUUGGUCGGCGUCUCUCAGCUGUUUGCAGCCACGGUCCUCAAGAAUACCUCAGGCCUGGUCAAGUUUUUGAUUGGCCGAGAGAAGCAGGGGGUGCAGAGCGAGGUGGCACGACUGAUCAAUGAAAGCCUGGAAAUGGACAGAUCGGCCAGAGAGGUGUACGGAAGCGAAGAUGAGGAUUUCGGUGCAUUGGAGAAGGCCUCGAUGGAAAAGGAAAACACGGAGGAAGAAGAGGGAGAGGACGAAGAGGAUGUGUCUGCGCUGUCCAGUCUGGACUGCUAUCAGCUCUGCCUUAAAUACCAGCAGCUCCAGUCAAAACUACAAAACAGAACAGCCCAACUUCACCAAGCCAGGGAAAAGUUAAAGGUGAUGGAGGAGCGGAGGGCCUGUUGGGAGAGCCAGAGGUCCGAUUUGGAGCAGAAAGCUGAGGAUGAAGAAGAAAAAGCCGAGAAACUAGAGAAAUACUGGCAGGAGGCCCAGACUCUGUGUCGAGUUGUGAGCCAGCGAUUGGCUGAUGCUCAGAGCCAAUCAGAGAGCCUGGAGAUCAAAUACAGCAAGGCCAAGAGACUGGUCAGGGAAUACCAGAGCAGAGAGGAAGAGAGGCAGAAGAGAGAAGCGGAUCUGCGGCGAGAAAUGGAGGAGAGAGAGAAGAGACACAGGGAGACUGUGGAAAGACUACAAACACUGGUGUCUCACCUGGAGAGGAAAGAGACUGUGCCCGAAAACAAGAGUCCCUCCCUGGACACCGCAGUCACAGACUGGAAUAUUCCGGUGCCUGAUACCGAUCGCCUGGACUCCAGCGCCCACAGAGCCAGAGCUCAGCUGGCCCAGAAGGCCAAACGCCAUCCACCAUCACGGGACAAACUCAGAGCAAGCUUCAAAAGACACGAAGAGGAAGUCCAGAACCUCCAGGGAAGUCGAGCAUUUCCGUCUCCCCCAGUGGCAGCAGAGCGACAAAGAGGAAGUAGGAGUGACCUUUCCAUCACCUCCAUCUCAGCCCUCAAUCCUCACACCCCGACCACCACCUUCUCCUCCACCAUCUUCACCCCUCAGAUCCACACCACUGAGGUGGCCACCCCGUCGUCCACCGGAUCCUCAGCAUCCAAAAAAUCAAAACUGAAAUUCCCAGACUUCAGUGGCCUUCGCAAAUCACUCGGCAAAGGGAGGAGAGUGGAGAAGAACUUCGGGAGGUCAGUGGAAAACAACGGCUCGUGCGGCGAUCUGGUAGACAAGCCAGCGGGAGUUUCUCGGUCAGGUUCGGCCUCCUCCAUGCCCUCCUGCCUGCCUUUCCCCUGGUUCAGUGAGCGAGGGAGGGAGAAAGACGAGAUGGAGAGAGGGAGAGAGAGGCUUCGGUCUGUGUCCAGCAGUAGUUUGCCAUACCUGACCACCACAGGUAGAAGAGAUGAGAGUGUAGGGUCUCCGGUGGGCAGCUCCAGCAUGGAGGGUCUCGUCUCUGAUCACACUCUCUCUGGACAUUCCCAAACCGUCACCUUGUCCUCCACUGAGACCCUGGAUGACGACUCCGUUCACGCUCACAACAACAACCACCAAUGGCAAAGUCGACCUCUCUUGGAGUGGACCAAUCAGCAGGUGUGUCUGUGGUUAAUUGGCAUGAACAUGGACCAAUACAGAGGGCAGUUCACCGCCCGAGGUGUGGACGGACCACAGCUCCUGAACAUGGACAGUGACAAACUCAAGGCCCUGGGCGUGUGGAGUCACAGCGACCGUGCGGCGCUGAAGAAGAAGGUGAGGGAGAUGAAGAGGAGGGAGGAGAAGGAGCAGAGGCAGAGAGAGAAGAGGCUGAAGGCGGAAAAGGCGAAAGAGAGGAACGCGCCCAUCGUGAAGGAGAGGGAGGGGAGGGAACCGGAGAGGACGGCGGAGGUGAAGGAGGCCAGGUCCGGCAGCAGAACCGUGAGGACCGAGUCGCUGCUGUGAGAACACGGAAAAGAAAUGAGGAGCGACCUCCCGAUAUCUCAACCCGAACCUUUGUCGCCACCAGCACACACACACACACAGUACGUAGUUUAAAGUUCACAUCUCAGUAAGACACUUUGAAGUGUAGACUGAGGAACGGGAUGGUUUAACCGGCAGACUGAAUUUCAGAUCGACUAAUACCAAAGUCCACCUUUUCCAGCAGUUCUGUCUCCUCGACGGUCUUAAUUAGAACUUGAAAUCUGUAUUUGUGCUGUUUUUAGUUGGGUUUUUUACAGCAAGCCCUAAACGAGCUUUAGACGUGACACGACUUUCAACGCUGAAAGACGUGCCGA